ACGCCAGACGCCUUCUCUCCUGUUUGCUCUGCCUCUCUUCCGCAUAGCAAUAAAGAAACCCUAGCUGCUCCCAAUCCCCAACCGAACCGUACCCCACUCGCCAUCUUCAUCGGAAUCUCGAUUACUUCAUACUCCACGCAUUGCUUCCAGAUUCUCAAUCACCGAAUUGAUGGCUGUGGGUGCUCGUAAAAGUAUGCUUCUGCUUACAUACUCAAAAGAAAUUGUUGAUGGACAACCAAUAUACAUAUCUUCUAAUAGUCUUCCGGUGAAGGCGUUGGGUUGGGAGCCGGCUGGGCAUUCUUUUCACGCAGCUGCUCUUAAGUUAACGGGCUACUCUGCCAAGCCUGAAAGUGAUAAUGACGAGAAAAAAGUGCCGAAAGAGAAGGAAAGUGUGUAUCUUGAGUCAUCAGAUUCUUACAGUAGUAAAGGGAAGAAGAAACCUGGCGGUGAUGGUAAACUGCAGCAAGAUCAUUAUGCACUUUUGGGGUUGAGUAAUUUACGGUACCUUGCCACUGAGGAUCAGAUCAGAAAGAGUUACCGUGAGGCUGCUCUGAAACAUCACCCCGACAAGCAAGCUGCCCAGUUGCUUAAUCAGGAAACCGAGGCUGCGAAGCAGGCGAAGAAGGAGGAUAUCGAGAGCCAUUUCAAAGCCAUUCAAGAAGCUUACGAGGUGUUGAUUGACCCCGUGAGGAGGAGAAUCUACGACUCAACGGAUGAGUUUGACGACGAGAUUCCGAAUGAAUGUGCGCCGCAGGAUUUCUUCAAGGUUUUCGGGCCUGCGUUCAUGAGGAAUGGGCGUUGGUCUGUGGGCCAGCCUGUCCCGACUUUGGGUGAUGACAAGACUUCGAUAAGAGAAGUUGAUAGCUUUUACAACUUCUGGUACAGCUUCAAGAGCUGGAGGGAAUUUCCUCAUUCAGAUGAGUUUGACGUAGAGCAAGCUGAGUCGCGCGAUCACAAGAGAUGGAUGGAGAGGCAAAAUGCCAAACUCUCGGAGAAGGCGAGGAAGGAAGAAUGUGCUCGCAUACGAACUCUUGUUGACAAUGCGUAUAAACGGGACCCGAGAGUUUUGAGGAGAAAAGAGGAAGAGAAAGCUGAGAAGUUGAGGAAGAAGGAGGCGAAGGUUAUGGCCAAGAGGAUGCAGGAGGAAGAAGCUGCUAGAAUCAUUGAGGAGGAAAGGAAGCGAAAAGAGGAAGAGGACAAAAAAGCUGCUGAGGCUGCUUCGAUUCAGAAAAAGUUGAGGGAGAAAGAAAAAAAGCUACUGCGCAAAGAAAGAACCCGUCUUCGAACACUUGCAGCACCAGUUUCGUCCAAGCGUUUGCUUGGUAUUGUUGACGAUAAUGUCGAAACUCUUUGCUCGUCACUUGAUAAAGAGCAGCUUAGCAGCUUGUGUGAUCGGAUGGAAGGUAAGGAAGUGCUGGAUAUGGCCAAACUCCUCAGCGAGGCACUCGACUCCGAUCAUAAACUGAAGGAUGAAAAAGUGGACGAGAAGAACUCGAAGCCGAAUGGUUCUGUUGCUAUGAUGAAUGGACAAGUUCCGUACAGCAGCAGCGAGAAGAAGGAAAAACCUUGGGCUAAAGAAGAGAUUGAUCUCUUAAGGAAGGGAAUGGUGAAAUUUCCUAAAGGAACUUCCCGAAGGUGGGAAGUGAUUUCUGAAUAUAUUGGUACUGCAAGGUCGGUGGAAGAGAUUCUCAAGGCAACGAAAACUGUUCUUCUGCAGAAGCCUGAUUCUGCUAAGGCUUUUGACUCCUUCCUCGAGAAAAGGAAGCCAACAGUAACAAUUGCAUCUCCUCUUACAACUAGAGACGAUGUUGAGGGCUUAUCGAAUGGCAACGUUCCUGCGUCCGAGCCCCUUGCUUCCGACAACAGCAAUCUGCCCGAGUCGUCGUGUCAAAGUGGUGACAGCAUCAAGCCCGAUGAUGUCGCUGCUGCUGCUAAUAGCAACAGCAGUUCAAGUUCGGACCAAGAUUCUUGGUCCGCAGCACAAGAGAGAGCUUUAGUCCAAGCUCUGAAAACCUUCCCGAAGGAAACUAACCAGCGAUGGGAACGAGUUGCAACUGCAGUUCCAGGGAAAUCGGUGGCCCAGUGUAAGAAGAAACUCACGCUGAUGAAGGAGAGCUUUAGGAGCAACACUGUGACUGAGAAAAACGAAGAUUUGCAGGAGCCGGCCAAUCAAGAAGCUGAGAAGGGCAAGAACCCAGAGGCGCCAGCUGGCGUUGGGAUUUCGUCGUCCACUCGUGCUGAUGAAGACCCCUGGACAGAGGCGCAGGAGAAAUCGUUGAUCCAAGCUCUUAAAACAUUCCCCAAAGACACUAACCAAAGAUGGGAGCGUAUCGGUGCAGCGGUUUUUGGAAAAUCGGUUACUCAGUGCAAGAAGAAGUUUGCCUCACUCAAAGAUGGCUUCAGGAGCAAGAAACCUGCAGUUUAAAAGUAUUGUGAAUUCGGUCGCUCACAAAUCUCACCGGCAAUAAUUUAUCGAAUGGUUUCCGUUCUGCAGAUGGGCAUAUAAAUUAUUGAAAUCAUACUUUCAAGUACUUGUCAUCGUCAUCAUCAUCAUUCAUACGACUGUUAAUUUUUGUUGACUGCAUUUUGCAAGUGGAGUCUUAUUUAUUUAGACCAGAGAGUUUAUUAUAUGUGUUAUUGCUACGAUUUUCUUUUCUUUUAUUUUCUUUGGAUCUGCGAGAGUUUCUUAGUUUUUUUUCUUUCUGUAAUUCUUUUUAUAUUUACUGAUGGUUCCAAGUAAGGCGGCUGUUGCCCUACGGCAAUUUUUAACCAUCAUUAAGAAUAUUGACGUAUAUUUCUCUUUAUUUUCUAGAUAGCUCUUUGUUUA